AUGGCAGAAGAAGAGGAGGAAACUUUUGAAGAAAAUAUUAACGAGGAAUCGGAAGAAGAAAAAAUUAAUAAUGAAGAUUUAUCAGCGGAGGAGGAAUCAGAAACUGAUGACGAUGAGGAAGAAAAUGGAGAAGCUAUUAAUCAAGAAGGGAAUGCAAAUAAUCAAGAUGAAGUUAUCGAAGAACGAAACACAGUAUUAAAUCAACAACAAAAUGGACAGGGCACAGAUCUACCAAAGAAAAGAAAAAGGAGAGAUAAAGCUGAUGAAGCAAUUAAAAAGGUAUUGAAAAGAGUAGAAUCAGCAUCUAUGAGUGGAGAUUCAAAAAAGAAAAAGAAACAAAAGAAAAAUCACUCUCUAGAAUAUAAUCCCUACACAAAAGAUAACAUUCCAAUAAUAAGAAGUAUUUCUUCAAAUAGUGGAAAUUUGUUAAUAAUUCCAAAUGAUGUUACCAAUAUUUCAGAAUUUUUAUUUACUCGACCAAAGAAGAAAUAA